CAUAAGGCGAUCGCCCCUCAGCCAUGGAUAGCCUGAGUUUUUGGAAUAGAACUUUAAUGGAACCAAUGAUAAUCGAUAUUAUACUCGUCAGAGAAUCACCAAACUCUUCACACACUAUGUUGUCGAACGAUGUCUUCACAGAGACAGUCGUAGAAAGAUGGAUAGUUCAGCACGAGUCUCAAAGUCAAAGGUCAACGCCCCCUCAAACUAGCGAUUACAAGAAGACGUAUAAAAAGUCAAUCAUAUUGCUUCGCUCAGUUUACUCAAUGCUGAGGCUCCUCCCAGCUUACAAAGCCUUUCGGAAAAAAAGCUCCUUAAAGCAGAGCUGUAAUUUCGAUAUUAAUUACAAAGUCUGCUCGUUUAGUUCUCCGUUUUCAAGAGAUGAGGAACAUUCAAUGAAGAAGUACAGUUUUGUCCCUGUCGAAGCUCAACAAGGCCGUCUCUCUGUAUCAGUAAUUUAUCGCGAAGAUUUAUCCGAUUUUAAUCUCGAUGCUUUCGUAUCUUGUCCUUUGGAGAUCAUUACUGAUUAUGUGGGCAGCCCUCUUACCGAUCCUAUGAGGGCAUUUUCGAUAAGAGAAAAUCAUCACUCAGCUCCUUCAAGAAGGCACAGCUGGACAAGUGGUGGUCUUCAUAGGGAUGUUUCUUUGCUACAUAAUCAUAAUCAACCACUCAGUGGCUCUCCACCUUUAUAUCGCUCGCCGUACGAGUAUUCACACUCACCUACUGACGCAUACAUUAAUAAGAAUCAGAAUCAACGGCUCACAUCUUUUCAAAAAACUUCAUCGGAGGAUUUGCUUUCUCCACCGUUGUCUUCUUCUCCUUCUCCAUCUCCGCCUACGUAUUUCUCCGGUGGGAAUAUUCAGAGCCGUCCGGUGAGUAUUCCUCAUCCGAUGAUGAGCAGAAGUCCUAAAUAUCUUUCUCCUAAUUUAUCUGAUCCAAGUAGGCAUCAUUCUCUUCCGCCUCUAUCGCCUAGAAACACGAAGUAUGAUCCUUCGUCACAUGAGUCCUCGUCUGGAAUAAGAUCCAUGAGAAAUACUCCGAUAAGUCUUGGCCAGAAGGUGUCACGAGAUGCCAAAGAGGAUUCGGGGCGGUUUUCGAGUUUGCUGUCUUCGAGUAGUUCUCCACGUGUAGGAUUCUCGAGGAGCUCCAGCAGAUUGUCUUUUCAGGAUGACUUUGGCGAUUGUGAUUUUUCGUGUCCUUUUAUUGUGGAUGAUGUGGACCCUCCUGAUAUGCAAAUGAGUCCAAAUCUGGAUGCGAGAAACAGUUCAGAAGUUUCUUCACAGACAUCUUCAACAGCGAAGAAAUCUCAGGAUGCAGCUGUAGGUGCCCUUGUCCACAUGCUCCGAACAGCUCCUCCUCUUCGUCAAGAUUCUAGCUGUUAUAAUUCUUCUCAAUCCUCCAAAAUCGAAAUGGAGGGUGAAAUUGGAGCUGCCUCUGAAUUUUUCAACCCUCGUAAAACCUCUGACGCCCUUGAAGAACUCAAGACUUAUAAAGAAAUGAAAAAUCUGCUACUUUCAAAGAGUAAUGCUCAUAUGGCUGGCAAGGGAAAAAUCGAGAACUAACAAUUUGUGUUUGUAACAUUGCCGUUUUAAGUUAAAUUUAGCUUGUAUAGAUUGUUCUUGAUAGUUUUUUUUUUUUUUUUAGAUGAAUUAAUUUGCAUUUAUAUCAGCUGUGUCAUUACAGUUUCGGGCUUAUUGGUGGCGGUAGUUUUUAAGACAUGCAAAUACGGUUCAUGUCUUUUUUUUAGACAGCAUUUGUGUAGAACACAGAACCAGUGGAACUCUGUACAUAAUAUGGUAAAAGCUAACAACAUUUGCUGGCUAUUUAUUGAAUAAUCUGGUUGUCAAUUCUUGUUGUACUAGUAGCUUGAAUAUAGAAGUGAUUAAAUUCAUGUGUAACUCAAAUUUGCUUGA